AAACUCUCUCGCUGCAGCCGCUGCCGACACUGCCGCCGCACACGAGCUUAGCCGCAAAGCCGCCAACAGCCAAUCCCCGCGAGAGGAGCCGCCGGAAGUCGUCAGAAACGCACCGCGAAAGAGCAUUUUGGGCCAUAGAGGCGCACACAUUUCCGGCAGCUAGAGUGGAUACUGACUCUGUCACAGCCAUCUUGGAUAAGGGCGAUGGGGUGCGCAGGGAAUUGCUGCAGAACUUGAAAAAUAAUCAUUUCUUUUCAAGACGCUGUCUUCCGUACUCUUGUUAUUGGACAGGCGCCUAGAGUGAUCACCGAUAUAGACUGCGACUCCAGAUAUCUUUCAAUGGCCCUAUUCAAAAAUGGCGGUAGCAUAAGCCUCCUGGGCCAUAGGUCGGUUGUAACCCGGAAGUACUCUUCUAAAGGAGGGGGCGGUGAAGCAAUCCGGAAGUGGAUGUAAUGAAGAGGUGCCACUUGGCGGCCAUGGCAGCUGUAGUAUCGGUGGCUCUGGGUCAAGGCCCAGCGGAGUGGAGUAACAUGGGCAGUAUCGGGUAUAGGGCAGAGACAGCUUUGUAUCACCUUCGCUGCUGAACCCCUAAGCCCAUCGGUAGAGACCUGCAGGACUCUUUCCCCAUUCUAGACUCGGAGGAGAGUUUGCCGGGACUGGUGGGCUGGUCCCAGGCUGGCGAGAACCGCCCCAAGGAGGUAGGGGAGCCGGGAGGACGAACAAGUUUGCUUGGGUUUUCCUCCUUUUCCUGCUGCCACCUGGGACGUUGUGGAGGGAGUGGGUCCAUUGUGCCACCAUUCCGACGAUUGAAGAUAUCGCCCUUUGCAUACCUUUAACUGUUAACCCUAGGGAAUCCAGUGACUGGCGUCUGAAAACAGGGAUUGGGACCUGAGAUUUCUGAAAGUUCUCUCUGGUGCUAAUAUCAGCAAAAAGGGACUGUUUUCAGGUGCGUUCCAGAGAAGGGUUUCGUGAACACAUCUGUUGGUGAGGAGGACGAAAAAACUGGAAAGUCCACUUGUCUUGGAAUCACCACACGCGUUUAAGAACCUAAGCACCCUUUGAAGCCUCUGAAAAUUUGUAGUCUGGUGGCGGUGGGUAAAUAAAGGAGGACAGAAUGGAUGAUUUCAUCUCCAUUAGUCUGCUGUCUCUGGCUAUGUUGGUGGGAUGUUACGUGGCUGGAAUCGUGCCCUUGGCUGUUAAUUUCUCCGAGGAGCGACUAAAGCUGGUGACUGUUCUGGGUGCUGGUCUUCUCUGUGGAACUGCGCUGGCGGUCAUCGUGCCUGAAGGAGUACAUGCACUUUAUGAAGAUAUUCUUGAGGAUCCAGAAACAGCAAGGCCCAGCAAUUCCAAAAUCACUACCACGCUGGGUCUGGUCGUCCAUGCUGCAGCCGACGGUGUUGCCUUAGGAGCGGCAGCCUCUACUUCCCAGACUAGCGUCCAAUUGAUUGUGUUUGUGGCAAUAAUGCUACAUAAGGCACCAGCUGCUUUUGGGCUGGUUUCCUUCUUAAUGCACGCUGGCCUAGAACGGAAUCGAAUCAGAAAACAUUUACUGGUGUUUGCGCUUGCAGCACCAGUUAUGGCCAUGGUGACAUACUUAGGACUAAGUAAGAGCAGUAAAGAAGCCCUUUCAGAGGUCAAUGCCACUGGGGUGGCCAUGCUUUUCUCUGCCGGGACAUUUCUUUAUGUUGCCACAGUACAUGUCCUCCCGGAGGUGGGCGGAAUGGGGCACAGUCACAAACCCGACCCCACUGGCGGGAGGGGCCUCAGCCGCCUGGAGGUGGCAGCCCUGGUUCUGGGUUGCCUCAUCCCACUCAUCCUGUCAGUAGGACACCAGCAUUAAACGUCAGGUUCCAGCCUCAGUCCGUGGCUGUCCAGCAUCCGGCGAGAACAGCCAGCGCGUGACAGCUGCUCACUUCCUCAGUGUCUUGUCUCACCUUGCCCAUCUCCACCUGUGUUCCUAGAGUCCGGAGGGAGGUGAGAUUAAAACCUGGAGUCAUGGAAAGCUUUUAGAUGAGAAACGACACACCGCGACUGGAUGUGGACAUUCCGUUGUGUUGUUUUUUAAAGGGCCCUUGGCGUUUUGAGUUUUGAUGUUUCUCUUAACCCCUAUUCUCAGGGAAGAUGGAAUUUCAUUUUAAGGAAAAGUGGAGAACUUCAUACUCAUGAUGAAAUAGUAAUUAUGAAAGUACAGUGUUCUGUAAUUAAGCUAAAUCUCUUUGUUAGUUUAGAGGCUCCGCCGCUUACUUUAUCCAUUGAUUUUUAACAUGGUUCUCACCGUGUAAGACUGGUGCUUUAGCAUCUCUGCCACAUGCCUUGAUCAAGGUCAUAACGUCCACUGUCUUAGAUGCUAAAGAGAAUUGUCAUCUACCUGGGGCAAGAGUCAGGAAAAUGACGGCAAGACACAUUAAAAGCUGACUUCUUACUCGAGAGCUGUCCAUUGAACAGGGGGUGUCUGGAGAGACUUAACACCUCCUUUCACAUCUGCCUCUUUAAAGAGGGCCCGCCCUCCCGUCAAAUGGAGCCACAGAGAUGGACUAGCAUCGGAGGAGGUGACUAGUAUUUCUUUUUAAGUUCUCUUUUGCAGCGUACCUGCCUACAGUGCAUUCAUACAGAGGAGCCAAGUUCUGGUAGGUUCAGGCCUCCCCCCAGCCAUUCCUUCAAGAGCAGUCAGAUCCCAAAGUACCUUUUGAAAUUGAGGGGUAUUAAUUUUAAGUGAAUUUGGAUAGUGACUGACAUCUUUGUAGUAAUCUUUUUAAAAUUGAGAUUACCAAAACCUAUGUUGUCCCUUUUUUUUUUUUUCUCUUUUUAAGUAUUUAUCUUAGCAGACCGGCAGUCCCUCCGGCAGAAUACUCGGUGUCCCGUGGGAAGUGCUAGGUCAGCGUCACAUAAGCACCUGCAGCAAUGAAGACGGUCACGAUGUAUCACAAGUGGGAAGUGUUUGCCUCUUGAUUUAAAGCUUAUUGAAAUCAUGUUUCUUGUCUCUUGUCUCUUCAUCUUUUCCGUGCUUUCCUCCUGACUUUCCUCUCCAGCACCCCCUCCCUCUAAUGUGCUGCUCACUGCUGACAGCGACGUUAGGAUUUGUGUGAAUUGAACUCUCAUCAGGACAACCACUUCUUGAACGGUGAUGAUGAAGAUGACAAUUGUCUCUUUACUUUAUUCCCUUCAAUGAAGUCACUUUUGUGUCAAAUGCAACUCUGCUAAGCCCUUAAAAUGUCACUUCCUCAUACGUGAGAUGAUGCAGUCACUAAUAUUCUGGUAAUUUAAACAAUUGAGAUAGUAAAAGCGUUUAACAAACUAGGAUGAUUUUUCCGUGUUUGCCAAAGUCCCUGUAAAACUUUGUGUUAUCGACUCAGUGUAUAAUACUGUGUUAUUAAUUUAUUUUGAUUUUCUGUACCAUUUCAAAAACACAUUAUAGAAAGAGGGAACCAAGACCGUUUUCUUCAGGGCAGUGGGUUUAGGAGUCCGUAAAAUGUUUUAUAUGACGUAUAUGCCAGCAUGCCUGUAAUUUCUUUAUUUCCGUCCUAGAUUUGUCACUGGGUCAGCAGCUAUGGAAAUAGACCUCGAGAGCCCCCUGCUGGCUGUAGACCAAAGUAGCAUAAAUAGGAGGCGGUUUCGUAUAGUGGCUGCAGCCAUUGCAUACGCGCUUAAAACCAGCAGAAGGUACAGCGUGGAAAGUCUGAGUGACUUUUCCUGAUAGCAGCUCUGACUUAUGAAGAGUCUUGGGGCUUCAUGUGGUCCUUCAAGAUGUCAUGGUUGCCUUGAUUCUCCCUGGACAUUUACUUUGUUAAAUAAAUAGUACAUUUUAGUGUCUGGCCUGGUUUGGAUGGCAGCACUCUCUGCCAUACUGUUGUGUGAGAAAUGAUGAGAAAUUUGUUCUGCUGGCCAAAGCCUCUUGCAGCAGUGCCCUGCCGUCACUAAAAGUGUGGCUAGAAUAGCUUGCUGGGUAGGUGAGGCCUUGAACUCUGGCAAGGACCGAACCAUCAGACUUCCACAUUUGCCUUCCCCUCUGGACCUCACAUUAACAAGCAAACCUUUCAAGGCCUAUCAGCUCUCAGAAGCUAUGGGCCUCCCCAGAUUUUAAAGCUGCUGCCUCGGGAACUACUCCUGUGUCUCCUGGUCAGCAUGCAGAAAUAGCCAUACUAAUCUUACAGGGCUCAAAUGCAUCUUCAGGCAGCAGGGGACCAAGCAGCAUGGCAGAGGCCUUCUUCACCGGGGGAACAACUUGCUCGUGGUGGGCAGUGUCCCAGAAAAGGCCACAGCAGUGGUCGCUUACUGGCACAUUUCAGUUCUGUUUUCCUCUUGUUUAAAACUGCCUCCCGCUUUAGAUGUAGAUGCCUUAACGCUCUCACACAUUUGAAAACGUUGGCAAUACUUAAGCUGCUGCCAUGAUUACAGAUGGAAUUAUUGGCUACCAGAGAGAUGCAGUUGAUGAAAAGCAUGGUCCUUCCUUCCUCAUAACCAAAGCUAAUCUUAAUUGCAAUUUGACUCCAUUUCCUUGGUAGGGAUCAAUUUAUUCAGAUUCCAGAUGCACUCUUAAAUGGCAAAUUAAAUUGAAAAACACUACUGAUCCAUUCCUCUCACUUGUUUCCCAGUGAAUUGCAUAUCAGUCCCCAUUUCCCCGAAGCGGUGAAGUUCCAGGUCUGGUGGCUUUCCUGCACCAGAGUGUAGCGAGUUGGAAACGGUACCACCUGCAGAGGCUCUGUGUUCUCUCUUCCCCCCAUUACCUUUUUAUUUCCUUAUUCAAAACAGCCGAGUCAGCCGUGUUCCUGUAUAAUGAAUUAUUAGAAAACGGAGAGAGGUGGUCAUUUGGAGGGGUCAGUUCUUUGUAAAGAGGUGACCAUGUAAGUGUGUUUCUUACCGGCCUACUUCUAAGGGUCACUUCCUGGUGUUUCUCUUAUUGGAGGAUUAGAGCUAGGAGGACACCCCCACAUCGGAGUAUAUUAUGCCCCUCAGACACAUGGUAGCCAGGUACUAAACACGGGAGCUGUCUGCCAACAGCACAAGCCCCCAGAGAAUGUUCUUGCCUACAUGGCUCCUGGGCCCCUUGGGAGAUUGAGAAUAAUGACCAGAUUCUUCUAAAACCACUGCAGUGCAAGGUGAUCUACAGGGGAACCGUCGAAGAUUUCUGGUCAAAACAGAAUGAUCCCGAGAGCACUGUUGGGAGAUGCCAUGAACUUAAAGCCAACGAUGUAGCCCCCUUUGUAGCUGAGACAUCUAGAUCGAUCGCCUCAGGAGACUUGAGGGAAAUUUGUGACUUGUAGGAAAGGAGACAACCAUUGGGAAUUUUCUAGAUAUGCUCAGCCUAAACACAAGGAACUUGGCUUUGGUCUUUUUUCUGAUAGCAUCUUCUAGCAAGUUGGAGGUCUCAUGGGAUAAAACUGCAUUUCCCCUGGUUCAGUAGCCUGAAGAGUGAUUUUAAAUGUCCCCUUUUCUGGAUCCUUUGUAAACAUGAAAUCAUUCCAUGGAUGGCUGCCUUAUAAUUUUGUCUCUUUCCACGUUAAUUGUGAAUGGUUAAAAAAAAAUUUUUUUUUUUUUGCUGUUUUCUGAUUUGUUUUAUGAUAUUAAAUUUUUAUUAGUGCA